AUGCACCCGUCGAACUUUGCUCACUGGUCUCUCACUACAGCCCGAGACUUGACCCUCGAAGCCGCUCGCGAUGCCGCCAAUGUGCGCAAUAAGACGUCCACGAAGAUGCUGCCCUCGGGCCAGCUCAAGAAGCUUUUGGACAGCCGCUCGGAGCGAGAUGUCCUGGAGGGACUGCGGCGAGUUGUCACGAUGUCCUACAGACAGCCUCCCUCGCAGACCCUGCCCUUCUUUAGCCACGUAAUCAAGAACAUCGCCUCGCCGUCCCUCCAAGUCAAAAAGCUCGUAUACAUAUAUCUCCUCCAGCACGCCGAGCACGAACCGGACACCGCCCUGCUUUCCAUAAACACCAUCCAGAGAUCCCUCACAGACCAGAACCCCCAAUUACGCGCUCUCGCACUACGGGUCAUGUCUGGGAUACGCGUACCCGUGAUAAGCCAGAUAGUCAGUUUGGGGAUAAAGCGUGGGGCAGGAGACAUGUCGCCGUAUGUGAGGAAAGCUGCUGCGCUCGCCAUACCGAAAUGUUACUCAUUGGACCCGAACACUGAACCGCAAUUGCUCGAAUCCCUUUCGACGCUGUUGGGUGAUAAACAAUUCUUCGUAGCUGGCGCUGCUGUUGCUGCGUUUCUUGAGAUGUGUCAGAACCGACUGGACUUGAUCCAUCCGCAUUACCGCUCGCUGGUGCGCAAGUUGGCUGAUAUGGACGAAUGGGGUCAGCUGGCUACGUUGCGACUGAUGGUCACUUACGGACGGAAAUGUUUCCCAAGGCGGACGAGAAAGAUCAGAAAGCCGAUGGACAAAGAUACUAGCACGAAACAAAAGAGUACAAAGGGCUUCUACGACGAGGAAAGUGACUCGGAGGAGUCUGAAGAGCCAGAGUACGAGGAGAUUGCGGUUUUGGACCCGGAUCUUGAGCUGCUGCUAAAUGCUUGUAAGCUGCUCCUUCAGUCCCGGAAUUCAGCUGUGGUUAUCGCGGUCGCAAGGACGUACCUCUACCUGGGAACACCGACGUACAUGUCCCUCGCAAUAGGGCCCCUUAACUCACUCUUGCGGACAUCUGGGGACAUACAGCACGUCGCGCUCUAUAACAUCGUGCAAGUAUGCUUACUAUAUCCGCAAUCCUUUGUAAACCACUACACGCAUUUCCUCGUUCGCUCGACCGAUCCUCCGCACAUAUGGCGCCUCAAACUAGAGCUUCUCACUUUGAUAUUUCCUCACGCGCCACCUCGGUUACAAAGUUUGGUAUUAGCCGAGCUCAGUCACUUCUCGCAUUCUGGCAGCCUGGAUCCCGGGCUUGUCAAGGAGGCUGUCAGGGCGAUUGGUCGUUGUUCGCAAACCACCGAUCCUAAGACUUCGGCAAGAUGUCUAAGACUUUUAUUGACUCACAUCGGAUCUGCGGAUGCGCACUUGGUAGCAGAGUCCCUCGAGGUGAUACGGCAUCUCAUCCAGCGCGAUCCCGACAAUCAUCGCACCACUGUAGUACGGUUAGCAAAGCACCUAGACGCAGCCACCAGUCCACAAGCACGCGCGAGCAUCAUCUGGCUCGUCGGCGAAUUCGCAGGUCUCGAUUCCGAGAACAACAUCGCAGCGGACGUUUUACGCAUCCUCGUCAAGGGCUUCGCAGACGAAGCCGAGCCCGCAAAAUUGCAAAUCGUGCUCCUCGCCGCAAAAGUAUACGUCCACCACCUCAAUGCAAACCCCCCACCAGAACCCGCAAAACCGGAAGAAGCACCGCAACCGAGCCCCUCACUUAUGGAUGACUUCCACGAGGAGGGCGGCUUUCGCGACGCCCCUGAACCCGCGCCGGCCCCGACGGCUCCGCAACCGAAAGAAAAACCCCACCCCAUUGUAGCGUUGUGGGACUACAUCAUUCUGCUUAGCCGCUACGACACUUCGUACGACCUGCGUGACCGCGCGCGCGUCUACAAAGCUCUCCUCGCUACCCCAACAUCGACUCAACUCGCGAACCUCCUUCUCCUCGCGCCGAAGCCGGUCCCGCAGACGCCGAGCCCGAGUGAGACGCGCAAGGGAUAUGCGCUCGGUAGCGCGAGUCUAGUCAUCGGGGAUGAGGGUGGUAUCGGUGGUCUCCGGGGGUACGAAGAUGUUCCGAAGUGGGUUAAGGAGGGGAGUGAACCCGAUCCCGCGUUACGAGACGAAGCAGUGUCUACUAGUACUUCCGCUUACGAUGCUGGAGGCCCGCGGGCGCUGAGUGCGGCGGAGAGGUUGGAUGCUGCCACUGGCGCGGGGGCAAGGUCUGGGAGUGGGAGUCCGGUUACGAGUCUCCAUGAGAAUGGGGUUGGGGCGAGGGGUGGUGCGGUGGGUGGGCCGAGGAAGGAGGAGAAGACGUUGGAUCAGUGGUUGGAGGAGGAGAGUGAGGAGGAGACGGAGAGUGAAGAGGAGGAAACGGAGGAGGAGGAGAGCGAGUAUGAGACUGAGAGCGAGGAGGAGGGCGAGGGGGAUAGGCUUGUUAAGUAG